AUGGAUCCCGAAGACCUUUACACCAAGCAAAAUUGUAUAGGCGGGGGUAGUUUUGGCAAGGUCUACAAAGGAGUUGACAAGCGUACAGGACAAGCAGUGGCUAUCAAGGUUAUUGACGUUGAGAAUGCCGAGGAUGAAGUCGAGGAUAUCAUCCAAGAAAUAUCCAUCCUGUCCGAGCUACAGUCACCCUAUGUUACAAAAUACCAUGGCUCUUUUUUGAAAGGCUCAGACCUCUGGAUCAUCAUGGAAUUCUGCUCGGGUGGAAGUUGUUCGGAUUUGAUGCGACCCGGUCUGAUUCACGAAGACUACAUAUGCAUCAUUCUUCGAGAACUCCUCAUGGGUUUGGACUACCUACAUAGUGAUAAAAAACUUCAUCGAGACAUCAAAGCCGCCAACGUCCUUCUGGGUGCCAACGGUCAAGUCAAAUUGGCUGAUUUUGGUGUUUCGGGACAAUUAUCUGCCACCAUGACCAAGAAAAACACUUUUGUGGGUACCCCAUUCUGGAUGGCACCAGAAGUCAUCAAGCAGUCAGGCUAUGAUCAUAAAGCCGAUAUCUGGUCAUUGGGUAUUACGGCCAUCGAGCUCGCCAUGGGAGAACCACCUUAUGCCGACAUACAUCCGAUGAAGGUUUUAUUCUUGAUCCCCAAAAACCCCCCACCAGUCCUUCAGGGUCAAUUCUCCCGUACAUUCAAGGAUUUUGUCGAAUUAUGCCUAAGACGAGAUCCUAGAGAACGGCCGUCGGCCAAAGAAUUACUCAAGCAUCCUUUCAUCAAGAAGGCUAAGAAGACGACUUAUCUAACCGAAUUGAUCGAAAGGAAUGAGAGGUAUAUCGCAACAAGAGGUGGCCGUUCAUCAGAUGAUGACGACGAUGAGGAAGAGAACUACCAUCAAGGCAAUCGUGAACCGGAAAAUGAGGAUUUGUGGGAUUUUGGUACUGUCCGACCAGUAGGUGGUCGCACGGCCGGUUUACGCCCCAUGAAUGAUUCAGCUACGAAUGCAAGAGCGAGUGCUGAACCAUCGGGAUCGAAACUUCGAUCUGACUGGGACGAUACCGUCAAGGUCCCAUCUUCACCACAAAAGUCGCCCGUGAAAACAGCUUUCCCUCCUACUCCUGCAAAAGUCCCACUACCGCCUUCGCCAACCAAAACAUCUACACCUGCAAUAUAUGAGCCAAAGCAUUCUCAGCUAGGCGUACCUUCGAUUGCUGCGAAACCGGUGGGAACUCCAAGGACCUCGACAAAUGCGUUGGCGAACAAGAUCUCUCCUGCCGAAUUUCACAAAGAUAGUCCGGGAUCGAACGAAUACAACAAGGCCUUUCAAGCCCAACUAGCCAAAGAUAUGGGAUUUUUGAAGCUUGAUGGAGGAGCCAGCCCGAGCGCUCCAACAACAAAUGGAUCAACUCCACCAGGGAGAAAGCCGAGCAUGGUCAUACCCGAAAUUCCGCCAUUCAGAGGCGUACCAGGUAAAGGACAGCCGGUAGAUCAACCAUCAUCAUCUAAGCUUGCUGGACAACAACCACUCCCGUCGUUCUCACCCAAAGACUUGCCCCAGAUUCCACAAGGACAGGGCCCGGCCUCGGCGAUGAAUCAACAGCCUCUGCCGCCACUUACGAGCACUACUAAUCAGCGACAAGAUUCAAAGGCUGAGGCUUUGAGUGUCUCGGCUGCUCAAUUACCGACUCAAGAUAACGGUCAAGAAUUGACAGCUUUGACCUCUGUAUUGAUACCAGCUCUCGAAGCUGCAAUGCAUCGACGAACAUACAUGUUAAAAGAACUAGCUCGAUCGAGCAAACUGAGUCCUUCUGCUGCUGCUGCCAUUCAACAGCAGAGGGUUCAGACACACGAGAAAGUCCGAAGACUGAUCGCAAAGACAGCCGGAUUGUUCUACGAGAUUCAGAAAAGUGAUGAGGAAUGUCCUGUUGGAAUGGGUGGCGGAGUGACCGAGUUCCUGGAAGGAUUCUUGGAGGAAAUCCUUGUUCGAGUGGAAGCUGCAGAAGAACCUGAAGCCAGUCCAACUCGACGGUCAUGA